AUGGUAGUGGGUCAUGGUAUGAUUACAAGCCGUAAGGUGGCACUCCUGGUGGUGGUCAUUUGUUGCCGAUUUUCCGCCACAACGUGUAUCGCUUUAUUACUAUGCGUUGUGUUUACGUUUCUGGUGUCGCACAUGUUGAAUGCCAAUUUACCCUCAAGACCACCACCUGAGCCAAUAAGGCUGGGUGAAAACAAUCCCAUUGGUGUCGAAACUACGCCACUGGACAGUAUAAAUCUAUUUGAUGAACAUCCUGAACUUCAAAGUGAAAUUGAUCAACUUCUGAAUAACAUUUCAAGCAGUUUUAUUCAAUCUUGGUUUAAAUCCAUUGAUAACAAUCCCGAAAGCCCGUUUCUCAUUGAAGUGAGAAAUCAACUUUUGAAUGUGGUCCAACAAGUCUAUCAAGCUACCGAGAAAGUCGACGUUUCCGAAUUGGUGGUAAGGAAAGCGAUUCCAUUGAUUACAAGUCAUUUACGCAUGUUUUGUUCAUACGAUAAUGGUCCAAAUUCCGAUUUCGAAGUCGCUGUGGAAUUCGAUAGGAAUUAUAAGCUACACAGCUGUGUUUCUCGUGGCUACGAUAAUAUGAACAAGAGUAUUGAAGAUCACAUUAGAGAAAAAACGGUUUUACUUUUGCCGAAGCUCAUUGACAAGCGGGAAUUAUCGUCGAAUUUUGUAAGAAUCAUACUUCGCGAAGUACUCGUCACCAAUCUGUUCAUGCCUUUGAUCAACAAGUUUAUAGAUCCAGAUUUCUGGAAUUUGAACGUUAAUUCAAUGGCCACUGAUGUGCUCAGAGAACGGUUCCAAGUGAAAAAAUUCCGAGCAGCACUCUCUAAAGAAUGGCAAGAUCCGCGCGAUCGGUUUUUGCAAGAUUUUGAGCGCGAAUCUGAAGAAGCUACGGCCAAAAUUCUUGUAUUUGAAUUCGCUCAAACUACAAACGAAUUUUCCGAUUAUUUGAGGAAAAUAAGCAGUUUGACCCUCAUACCAUCUCUGAAAGCGGUUCGAAUUAGCAUAAUGGUUCGACUUUUGAGUUUGGACGAUACCACUGCGUCAUUCAAGGAAAAGAAACUCAUGCGACACAGGCUGCAAAUGUCAUUAAACCUUGUGGAAAGUAGGAUCGGUCAUUUGGCUGGCAAAGGCAUGGACCAUGGUUUACUCGACGCAGAUCGAGAGAUGGCGAGUUUGAAAGUUUUUUUGACAUCGAUUUCACUCGAAAGUGUAUUGACCCAUGAACUGUAUCUGAAGUUCUUCAAGGGGUUCCUCGAGAAUCACGACAAGCAAGGCCAAAUAUAUUUAAAUUUAUGGCAGAGAAUUGAAGCCAUUAAAAAUCCUUUAGAGGAUCCGCUAAAUGGAGUUCUUACUAUGAACCACUUGGACGACGCUCAUGCGGAGCUUGAAGACAUUUUUGAUGCAUACUUCAAGGACUUGAAUUUAGAACAACUGUUACAUUUGAGCACCGAGCUGGUUCAUAGGUUCAUUAGUUGCAUCGUGGAGGCAAAAUCAUCCGGAGAUAACAAAGAUUUCUUGCAGGCGAGAAAGCAUUUACUUGUGAUUCAAAACCUUUUGGUGACACAUUUGAAGACAAAAUCAUUCGUAGUGUUCCGCGAUUCAGCUCAAUUCAUUGAUAUGACUUUAUCUCAGGUUUUCCAAGAUGGCCAAAUGAUUCAAGAAAUAUUAAGUACCGAGAAGAAGGGCUUUCCAGCAGUUUCCAAAUCUGACAAUGGUGUAAACCUAGAAAAGCUCCUCGAUGAUAUCUUUGAAGGUGAUUCUGAUGACACAAGUUUGGGGAACAAUGUUGUAUCCACUGUUGAACAACUCGUUGCAGAGAAAGGUGGCAAAUUACCUUUAAAUUCAGAACAGGAAGAAUCAAUUCCACGCGAGGGAGGUCUUCUUGAGCAAGAAAACUACCCAUUUGAUGAAAUUGUUGAUGAAAGAGAACUAAAGGACAAAAUUGCACAACAUACCAUCAAUAUCAACAAAUUAAGGAGUCAGCUUUCAUUGAUUGAUCAUCUCACUUUGAAAGCAGAUCUCACCAAUAAUAGCUCUCAGAAAAGGUUAUUAGAAAAGUCCGCUAGGUCUGUUACUCGUGAACUUAACAAUUCUGAGCUUCUCAUACAACAGUACACGAUUAGAAUAAGUUCCAACAGUUUGUUCAGAAAAUGCGAUACCAUCAUCAAAUCGUAUCUCAGUGAUAUUUCGCCCGAAACCGGUAAAGAGAUAAUCUACUAUGUCAUAACCGUGACACAACAGACAGGCGAAAAUCAAGUGACAUCCUGGGACAUCCCAAGACGUUACAGCGAGUUUUACAAGCUGAACGCUUAUGUGAAGAGAACCCAUGCUCGUCUCGUAAAGCAUUUACAAAACAAAGACUGCUUCCCUGAGAAAAUCAAAAUUUCUUUGGUUUAUAACGUGUCCAAGAGUCUUCUUUAUGAGGAGAGAAUUGUAAAACUUGACAGUUUCCUGAAAGCCCUGCUAAACAUUCCAGAAAUAUGCCGAGACGAGGUAUUUCGGCGAUUCUUGACUGAACCAUUAAUUCCUUUUGGAGGUGUAGAGCGAAAAAGGGAGACAAGAAAACGACAAUCGCUGAUAGCCAGAGUUGAAACAACCCCUGCAAAAAUUAAUGACGGGCCCAAUGCUGCAGAACCAAAGGCUCAAAAUUUAGAAAUUGCCGCCGAAAUUGAGGAUGAGGUUAUUCCGGAUCAUGAAGGGGGGUUUUCCGCAAGAGAUUCGAGCGCAACGAAAGUGUCAUUUAUCAAACCACUUUGUGACCUUUUUGUUGUUUUGUUUUCGUUAAAUGAUUUAAAUGGUCGCUCACUGCGUGGAAGAGCCGUAAUUCUUGUGUUACAGCAGAUCUUGGGCGGAACAGCGGAGAAAUAUGUCAAGGACUCGCUGCUGAGAGUAUUUUCAGCUUCCAAAAUAAGUCAAAUUUUGAGGUCCGUAAACUCUUCUCUUUGGGUUGAUGGCGUUUUUUGCAAAAACUUAAAGAAUUCAGAGGCGACGCCCAGGGGGUGGUCUGAUAAAACCAAGACUCGGUCCGAAGCGCGUUCAAAUUUGGAAAAGCUUUUCGUUGAGACUUCGGGUAAAAUUUUGAGCAAAAGUUCAUGCCAGAAAGCAGCAGAUAAAGUGCAUGCUUUAAUUCAAAAUCAGUAUUUGAACGCUAGUCUCGUUCUGGAAGUUUUUGAUUUGUUGGUCGAUGAGAUUUUUUUGAAGGAGUGA